AUGGCCCACCACGAGCACAACGCGUCGGCCCAGCACGGCGUCGCGCCCAGCAACGACCUGGCCCUCCACAUGUCCCAGGAACAUCAGCACGAGCACGUGCACCACAGCCCACGUGCUGUGCACGACGACCACAUCAUGUACACGACCGGAACCACUGAUGAGAAGAGCACCAUCCCUGAUCCGAGUGUGCAAGAUCACGGCCUGCACCACCGCCUGCCUGAGAAGCACGGUCUUCACGAGCAGGGCACGUAUGAGAAGAACGCCGAUAUCGAUUACGAAGAGAAGGGUACGCGUGGCAGCUCCACAGACCCUGAGCCCGAAGUCGAGAAGAAGAGCAAAUGGUCCGUAGGCGCACUUUACAGGCGCUUCAGAUGGGUCGUGCACCUCUUCCUCGCGGCUCUCUUCACUGGAUGGUGGAUCGCGUCUGUAGUCUUGCAUCACAAUGACAAGAACUGGGUCAUUCCUUUCUUGUUCUGGCUGGCAAUCAUGGUCCGCAUCAUCACGUGCCAUGUACCCAUCACCAUUGUCACAAAGCCAAUGCACUGGGUCUGGAACAACACCGGAGUCAGGAUUGGCCACAUGGUCCCCGAGAAGAUGCGCAUUCCUGCUGGCGCCGCGCUCACUAUUGCCGUCAUCAUCGUUGGUUCCAUGGCUAGCGAGGAAAGCGAGGACAACACGCGUGCCAACCGCGCUAUUUCUCUCUUUGGUCUCGCUGUCUUCAUCUUCGGCUUCUGGUUGACUUCCAAGACCAGGAGCGCGAUUAACUGGCACACCGUCAUCGUUGGAAUGUUGGUUCAGUUCAUCAUCGCGCUCUUCGUCCUGAGAACCGGCGUCGGUUACGACAUCUUCAGCUUCAUCUCCGAGCUGGCCCGUCUGCUCCUCGGAUUUGCCAGGGAUGGUGUUGCCUUCCUCACAACUCCGGAUAUCGCGGAGAACACCUACUUCUUCUUCAGUGUCAUCCCCGCAAUCAUCUUCUUCGUUUCGAUCGUUCAGCUUCUCUACUACUGGGGUCUUAUCCAGUGGUUCAUUGGCAAAUUCGCCGUCUUUUUCUUCUGGUCGAUGAAGGUUUCCGGUGCCGAGGCGGUCGUCGCUUCUGCUUCGCCUUUCAUCGGUCAGGGUGAAUCUGCCAUGUUGAUCAAGCCCUUCGUUGCUCACCUGACAAUGGCCGAGCUCCACCAGGUCAUGUGCUCUGGUUUUGCUACCAUUGCUGGUUCCGUCCUCGUCGCUUACAUCGGCAUGGGAUUAAACCCUCAGGCUCUCAUUUCCUCUUGUGUCAUGAGCAUUCCAGCUUCGCUUGCCCUGUCCAAGCUUCGUUACCCCGAGACGGAGGAGUCACUUACUGCUGGACGUGUCGUCAUCCCCGAUGAUGAUGAGCACAAGGCUGCCAACGCUCUUCACGCCUUCGCCAACGGCGCUUGGCUUGGUCUGAAGAUCGCCGGUAUGAUCAUCUGCACGCUCUUGUGUAUCAUUGCGCUCCUGGGUCUGAUUGACGGUCUUCUCACCUGGUGGGGCCGUUACAUCAACCUCGACGGCGAGUUCGACCUUACCCUUGAGCUCAUUCUUGGAUACGUUUUCUACCCGGUUGCCUUCCUCCUCGGUGUCUCUCGGCAGGGUAACGAUCUGCUCCUCGUCGGUCGUCUCAUUGGUGUCAAGGUCAUCACCAACGAGUUCGUUGCCUUCACCAUGCUUCAGGCAAAAGAAGAGCCCGACUCCCCGUACCACAAUCUGUCACCUCGAUCCCGUCUCAUCGCCACCUACGCGCUGUGCGGUUUCGGUAACAUUGGUUCGCUCGGUACACAAAUCGGUGUGCUCAGCCAGAUCAGCCCUGGUCGCAGCGGUGAUGUUUCUCGUCUUGCUGUGUCUGCUCUUGUAUCCGGUGUCUUCUCGACAUUGUCCAGUGCUAGUAUCGCCGGUCUGGUCGUCACUGACCAAGCGAAGUUCUCGAGUAGUCAGUAG